AUGGUCACGCUGGACAUCAAGAAUGCCUUUAACUCGGCUCGUUGGGACUGCAUUCUCGGCUCUGGCAGUGUUCCAAGUGCCGAGUUAUCUUCUGGAAAUCGGCUGGAGGCAGCGUUCAGGAAGAGUGCCAUCCGCAUCAUUAGCGGAUUCCGCACAAUCUCUGAGGACGCUGCGUUCGUCAUUGCUGGUGUACCUCCGUUUGUGGAAAUGGCCAGAGAGCGAGCUGAUACCUAUAGGCAGCUGCGUUCCCGGUACCACAGCAACGCCGAAACGCGAACCGUGCGGACGGCAGGACGGCAAGAAUGCCUAGAGAGGAAGCACGGCCAAGUCAACUUCCACUUGACUCAGGUGCUAAGCGGCCAUGGAUGCUUCAGAAGCUAUCUGCACCGCUUUGGUCAUGAAGCUUCCGGCAACUGCUCUGAGUGUGGAACACUGGAGGAUGCGCAUACUAUGUUCGCCUGCAAGAUAUACGGAUCACUACGCAAUGACUUGAAAGGGCACUUGGCGUAUCGAUUGCGGUGGGUGGUCCCGCUUAUGCUGCAAUCAGUGGGCAACUGGGUCGUGAUAUGCGAGUUUGUGUCAACUGUGAUGCAGACCCAACGAAGCAUGGAGAGAGCCAGGAGAGAGUCGAUGGAAUAG